AUGGAUAUGUUGAAGUUAGUCUGCUCAAUUUGGAGCAUUUAUCCAACAUCUGACAAGCUUUUAUUUCUUUGUGUGAAUAAAAGUCUACUUCUUCACAUUUGCGAUUAUUUGGCCCCUCGUCGUUUGUUUACCAUUUUGCUCUUUCUCAAUCUCACAAAGCAAGCACAAAGGCUUACACAGGGGUUAUUCAUGACAUCAAAUGCUGUGCACAAAACAUAA